UGAAGAGCUGGUGAGGCUUUCUGUUUUUUUGGGUGGAAGCUUAUGAGUUUUUUAGCUUCAAGUUUCUGCAUUCUAGAGGGAAUCAACAUCUCCCUAGAACUCCUUUACAAAGUUGAAAUAUAUUUCUGCUUCUCCUGGAUUUUCCAUUCCUUUUAUCUUUUGCGCCUGUUAGGAACAGCUCUCUUAGUAGGGUUUAAGCCACACCAAAAACCCUUGUUCUUUCCUCCCAAAAGAAUAAAAUCCCAUUACUUUUCCAAGGUACAAUCUUUCUUAAUAAACUCACUCGUCAUCUGUAAUUGGCAUAACUUAUCGGUUUUUGCGUGGAAUUAUGAGAGAACUCGUGACUAUUCAAGUUGGAGAAUUCGCAAACUUUGUUGGCUCUCAUUUCUGGAAUUUUCAGGAUGAGUUGCUUGGGUUGGCUGAUGAUCCACAAAGCGAUCCAAUCUUCAAGAAUCAGCAUCUCAAUAUGGAUGUGCUAUACCGAACUGGCGAGACACUGAAGGGCACUCUUACAUACACUCCUCGCUUGGUUUCAGUAGGACUCCAAGGAUCCCUUGGAUCUAUGGGUUCAUGUGGCACAUUGUAUAAUGAGGACUUAUCAGCACCAUCAGAUGUUACAUGGUCUGGUACUAUUUCCACUCAUACAUCUGAGCCUCAGAAGAAGAAUUUGUUCUUGCAGAGUUUGGAAGAUGAAGAACAGGGGAAAAAUGGUAGCACUGAGAAGAGCAAUUCUGGAAGAGAAAUUCAGGAUAAGGAUAUUGUUGAAUGUUUAGAUAAUGGUGUCAAAUGUUGGACAGAUUACUCAAAAGUGCACUAUCAUCCUCAGAGUUUAUACGAAUUGAGUGGAUUGUGGGUGGACAGUCAGGAGUUUGACAGUUAUGGUAUUGGAAGAGAUGUUUUUUCUAAAGGUUCAAGGGGGGAAGAAAUAUGCGAGAGACUUCGUUUUUUUGUGGAAGAGUGCGAUCAUAUUCAGGGUUUUCAAUUCAUUGUUGAUGACUCAGGAGGAUUUUCACCUGUAGCUGCAGAUUUUCUGGAGAAUAUUGUAGAUGACUACACAAGCACUCCAGUUUUGCUGUAUUCCGUAAGGAGUCCUAGUUCUCAUAUGACUUUUAGGAGCCGGAAGCAGAUGGUGCCUAGGGAUCUUCAUGAUGCUGUUUCAUUUACUAGACUAUCAUCAUCUUGCAAAUUAAUUGUGCCCAUUGGUCUACCUUUCUUGAGUAGAAGUAAAGCAUCAUCAUUCUUUUGCAUCAAGGAUGAGAAACCUUACUACUCGAGUGCAGUUUAUGCUGCUGCUCUGCACUCAAAUAGCAUUCCUUUCCGAAUGGAACCACUUGGACCUGCUGCCGAUUUUGGUGAUGUUUCAGGUGCUGUUGAUGUAAAUGGUGUCACACAACUGUUGGGAGAGCAAGCUAGGCAGAACAAAGUGACUAUUCUGGACAUUGCAAUGCCGGCACCUGCUUUGACUGGGAAACAAGGAGCAAACUUCCUUCUUGGGAACUUGCAUCCAUUGACACCAGAAGUGGCUGAGGAUGUGGAAGACUCACAGGCACUGGAAUUGAUGACCAUUCAUGGAGCCCUUGCAUCAGGCGGUGAUCAAGCUUUAGUGUCUGAAGUAAGGAACGCAAUUCAUGCUUCAUAUGAAUAUGCAAUAAUAAGGCCAAUGAUUUGCCAAUUAUCUGUUGCUCGUUGUCCCCUUCCAAUACCCUUGCCAUUUCCUUCAAUUUUUGGGAAUCUUGUGGGGCAACAUGGUGAACUGUUGGACAGCCCAAUUGUAGGUUCUUGUCCAAGGAGCUCACUUGACGUCAAUUCGAUCCCCAUUGCAGCUAGACUGCGUUCUAGUAGUGCUAUCUUGCCAUUUUUGCAGAAUAGGUUAGGGAAUCUUUGUCGAUUUGGUAUAGAAAGAGGAGCCCCUGGGGCUGAGUUGCUUAGGAGUUGGGGAUUUGGAAACGACGAUGUAGAGGACAUGAGAGAGGCAGUGUCUAAAAUGGUUGCAGCAUUGGAUCCUUACUCUCAAGUGUCCUCAGAUUCAGAUUAGGUAAGUGCAGAUGCUAAGUUGUGCCUCUCUCUUCUCUUGCCCUUUACUGGAACUUGAUCCCCAUAUUUGAUCUGAGAACUUGCAGCAAGUUGUUGAUUCCUAAUGUUUGAAUGGAAUUAUUAGUGUUGGUAGGAUUAUGGAAGUACGAUGCAGGUGGACAUUUAGGAACAUGACUGAAAGAUGACGAGUAUGGCAGAUGGGGCGGUGGAGAGACAUUUGGUAAGCAGAUGCCUCUUUUCUAGAAGAUAAUUUUCGAUCUUGGUGUUUGUUGUACUCUCUAUGUUUUUGUUUUGAAUUCUUGUAAAUGGAAAAAGUGAAGGUUUCCAAGUUUGAGAUGAAUUCCAAAGAAAGAGAUUGCACCUCAGUUUGAUGCCA